CAUUUAAUGGUUGAAAUUUUAAUAACUCCAGCAUUAAAAUAGCGGUUCGCGGAGCAGCAUAUCGAGCAGCGUGUGGAGCAGCGGGAGAGCGAGGAUUUCAAAUUUUAGGUUGAAGAUCUCAUUCACGCUCGCAAUGGACUGUAAGGGCGUGAGUGGCUAAUACAUACAUGAUCUCAUGGCUUCUCUCUUGCCCUGACGUCUUGGUUUAGCCAGGAUCCAAAAUGAGCGUAAGCAGUGAUGAGGUCAAUUUUCUGGUGUACAGAUACCUGCAGGAGUCGGGCUUCGCCCACUCGGCGUUCACGUUCGGCAUAGAGAGCCACAUCAGCCAGUCGAACAUCAACGGUGCGCUCGUGCCCCCCGCCGCCCUCAUCUCCAUCAUCCAGAAGGGCCUGCAGUACGUGGAGGCAGAGGUCAGCAUCAACGAGGAUGGCACGCUCUUCGACGGACGCCCGAUCGAGUCUCUGUCUCUGAUCGACGCCGUAAUGCCGGACGUGGUGCAGACGCGCCAGCAGGUCUACCGCGACAAACUGGCGCAGCAGCAGGCUGCCUCCACCACGGCAAGCGCUGCCGGCGCCAAGAACGGAGAAAACGCUGCCAACGGAGAGGAGAAUGGAGAUCACAUCCUAUCCAACAACCACGAAGACAUGAUGGAGGUAGACCGGGCGGUGGAGAUCCCGGCCCACAAGGCCAUGGUGCUGCGCGGCCACGAGUCUGAGGUGUUCAUUUGCGCCUGGAACCCUGUCAGCGACCUGCUUGCGUCUGGGUCCGGGGACUCGACCGCUCGGAUCUGGAACCUGAGUGAGGGCAGCUUGGGCGGCGCCACUCAGCUGGUGCUUCGUCACUGCAUCCGGGAGGGAGGCCAGGACGUGCCAAGCAACAAGGACGUCACCUCGCUGGACUGGAACAGUGAAGGUACACUGCUAGCCACUGGCUCCUACGACGGCUUUGCCCGAAUUUGGACUAAAGAUGGGAACCUUGCAAGCACGUUGGGGCAACACAAGGGUCCCAUAUUUGCUCUCAAGUGGAACAAAAAAGGCAACUUCAUCCUCAGUGCCGGUGUUGAUAAGACCACAAUCAUUUGGGACGCGCACACGGGAGAAGCCAAACAGCAGUUCCCGUUCCAUUCAGCUCCUGCUUUGGAUGUGGACUGGCAGAGCAAUAAUACGUUCGCCUCAUGCAGCACCGACAUGUGCAUCCACGUGUGCAAACUGGGCCAGGAGCGACCAGUCAAGACAUUCCAGGGUCACACGAACGAAGUGAACGCCAUCAAGUGGGAUCCCACCGGCAGCCUCCUGGCCUCCUGUUCAGAUGACAUGACGCUAAAGCUGUGGAGUAUGAAGCAGGACGGCUGCGUUCAUGACCUGCAAGCCCACAGCAAGGAGAUUUACACCAUCAAGUGGAGCCCCACCGGACCUGGAACCAACAACCCCAACGCCAAUCUCAUGCUGGCUAGUGCGUCGUUUGACUCGACGGUGCGGCUGUGGGACGCCGAGCGCGGUUUUUGCAUCCACACGCUCACGCGGCACCAGGAGCCCGUCUACAGUGUGGCGUUCAGUCCGGACGGGCGUCACCUGGCCAGCGGCUCAUUCGACAAAUGCGUGCACAUCUGGAACACGCAGAGUGGCGCUCUAGUAAACAGCUACAGGGGGACUGGGGGGAUCUUCGAGGUGUGCUGGAACUCCACCGGAGACAAAGUGGGAGCGAGUGCAUCAGACGGUUCGGUUUGUGUAUUAGACCUGCGGAAAUGACGGCGUCCACAGAAAGCCAUGGACCGACGGUGAACGUGUGCUUAGCCAAAUUCGUCGACUCCCAACACCCACCGGUGUGGAAAACAGACUGUUAUGCAUCCAUGCAAGGUUACACGGCUGAUGAAUCGUCAUGCAUAUGUACAAACGUAUCGUCGUUUUAGUUUUCGUUGUUCUUUUUGAAAUCUGAGGGGGUCACACAGGUUCCUCACAGACCCCUAAACGCUCUGAUGGCAACUCGACAAACUGGUCAAUAGCUCAUGGUUGGUUUGUUUGUUUUUUUCCCCCCGAUACUCAGCUGUCCGAAUGAAAUAUGACCAUCAGUCUGUCGAAACACGUUAAAUAUACAUGUACAAGCUAUGCAAUGUCACGACUAGACAAAAUCAAACCCGUACAUUUGUUUGGAAAGAAUCGACACCUGAAACACUCACUUAGACCUACAGUAUUUUCCACUAGGGUUUAUUCAAAUCCCCAAAAAACUGUACAUUCGAACCCACGUCGCACUUCGGUUACUAGGCAAAAUGUGGGAACGGCACACCCUGCCGCCGCAGUCAUUAUAUCUAUCGUUAUCUUCAGCUAGCACCAGCAGCGCGUGAUUCAAAUGAAGUUGCCGUCUAUCAAACUGCCUGCGGGUUACAAACGUCGGUGGAAUCGAAUCGUGUGCUUGGAUAGUCACGCAGGUCCAAAUCCGUUCGCCGUUCGAGGUCAAUUUUGCUUGAAUAAUCAGAUCUGAAGUCAGUUCUUUGCAAGUUGUUGUCUAGAGCAAGAACCGAUUCAAUCGAUGAGGUGGAACGGCUAAAAAAGGGCAUGUUCUUGGCCAUAUUCUGAUUCAUCUUAGACUCGUAAAUGAUUUGAACAUUUCAAACGUCAGUACAGGGAUGGAACCGAUUAUCUGGAGCUGUAUUAAAUUAGCCUCACACACUGUUAGAUCUGCCAAAACAGGAGCUUAUUUUUGUAACCGUUAAGUAAUCGCAGGCUUGGAAGACGUCGUAUAGAAACGUUAGUCGGAUGCACACAGAUGUAGUGAAAUGCUGAUGAAAUUCUACCUUAUCAUGGACUCAAAUCAUCCGAACGUUGUAAACGUUGAUAGAACUCUAGGGUUGGAUAUCGUACUGUAAAGAAGAGACAUUUUAGUGUCACCAAAGUGCUAGUGCAGACUGGACAGACGAGGAAAGCUGUAAGAUACUUCAGAUCCUUCAUGUGCAGUGUGUUUUGUAAAAUGGUUGCUCAUUACUGUACGUUUAAAUGGUUACAUGAAGGUAAGACGUGAAGGUAAUUAGCCGCUUGAUCCGCAAAGAUUCUCUUGCAAUACUCGGCUGUCGUAGAUGCAAACAAACAGAACUCAAGCUUUCUAUCGUACAUAAUAAAUAGUCCCGUUUUUGUCAGUUUUAUGACACCCUGUGUACACUUGCGAUCUUCUCCAGUAAAAACACAUCAGUAUAUUAGAUUAGUGUUAACGAGUCAGUGUUUGAUUGGGUCCUUUUUUCAGUU